ACUUUUCGUUUUCUUCGGAAUUUAAUUAGUGUCGAAACUACCAGACAACGAAGUUUAAGAAAAAUGGUGAGCGACUACACGUUAAUGUUGGAAGAAGCUGCCCGUGAUGGAAACCUCGAACUUCUAGCAAAUCUCGUCAAAGAAAAUCGGUCGAUCCUCGUCGAUUUCAAACUCGCAUCCCUUCAAGAAUCUCUUCUGCACGUAGCAACGAAAUCCAGGGAGCUGUAUUUUGCGCGGGAGCUCAUGAGGAUCGAUUCCGGUAUUGCAAGAGAGCUCAACAAGGACGGUUUUCGACCGUUGGAUAUAGCCGUGAUCGCGGGCGACUUUGAGAUGGUCAAGGAGCGAGAUUUAUGCCGGCUCAAAGGCAAAGACCGAAGAACCGCCCUUCAUUACGCUGCCAUCAAGGGGAGAGUGGAUGUGAUAGAUUUGUUGCUCCUUUCGUCGUCUCCGUGUGCCGUGCUGGAAGAUGUCACGAUUCACGGGGAGACGGCCCUUCAUCUUGCUGUGAAGAAUUACCAGGUCGAUGCGUUUUUCGCUCUGUUGAAAUGGCUCGAGGGUCCAGACAAGGAGUCGGUUCUCGAUAUGGGAGAUUGCGACUGAAACACUGUCUUGCACGUUGCUGUUUCGACUAGGCAAUAUGAGUGCGUAGACCUACUUGUCCGCGAAAACAUCGCCACUGGACGAACAACAAUAAACGUGAACGCGAAAAAUGCUAACGGCCUCACACCUCUAGACGUUCUUCACAUACAAGAUUCGUACGACGUCAAGAUCAGAG